UUUUCAAAAUCACGCAGAGUUCAGCAUGUCUAAACCCGGAGAAAAGGCCCUGCAGGCCAUGAAGGAACUGGACAAAUCACUUGCAGUAUUCAAGAAGCCAGCGGUACCGAAAACGAAAAAGGAAAAGAAAAUCAUUUUAAACGAGGAGACUUAUCUGGAGGAAAUGGCCAAAAUUAUCCAGAGAGACUUCUUCCCGGAUCUCCAAAAACUGAAGGCACAAAACGAGUACCUAGACGCAUUGGCAAGUAACGACACAGUAAAGCUGCGGCAGAUUUUCUCGAAAUACAAUUCAAAAUCACCUCUUAUUCGAGAAUACAGCCCUGCCACUUUCGAAACACCUCUGCCAAGUGCUUCGCUCGCACCGGACGAACCUCCAUCGGAGCGAUCUACCAUAAGUACAAGUUCCACCAAAAGUAGUAAAUCCAUCGCCAGCAAACACUCAUUGGACACGUUCCUGUUUAAGUACACCAGCGAGGAUAACGAUAGUUUCCAAGAAAUUAUGGAAGCAGCUGACAAAAAGCUGAGGCAAAAAUUCUCCGUCUUGUAUGAAGCCGAGGGAAGCACUCGGGAAAGUCUUGACAAAAGUUUAACCCUUCCGAGCAUUGAAAGCCAGUUCGAUACAAAUGAAAAACCCAAGGAGCUAGACAUGUGGACUUACAAGAACAAAAACUACAUCAUGUAUAUUCCGGAUGGCGUGGCGCUAACUCGUGCAGAGGAAAUUGAAAUGGCAAAUAAGAAGCAGGAAAUCGAACACAAUAACACCCGGUUGAAAACGAAUCCGUUCAACGAGCAUGAAAGCAAACAAGCCAUUACCGAAGCGGCCAAAUCGCAAGCAAAGUGCCUUCCCGAAAAGAUUGGUGUCGAUGGUAAAUUGGUUGAAGCAUCGCUCACUCCCGCUGUCCGAGGAUUCAGUUUUGUCAAAAGUCCGUCCCCUUGCCCGGGUGUAACCGAUAGUCCCCUGUUUACGUGGGGUGAAAUCGAAGGAACUCCAUUCCGAUUGGAUGGUGGUGACACCCCUCUUCAUCCGGCAUCGGCUGGCCCUUCGUUCCGGAUAGCUGAAACUUCGAAACGCGAAACAAUUGCCCUCCAGCUGGCAGAAAAAGCUGCCGAGCAAUCACGUUCGAAAAAAGCAAAAGCAAUCGAAGCUGCCCGGAGGAACAUUGCCUCUCCAGUGAUUAGAAACACGUUCGACCGACUAGCCAGUAUGUCUCCUGCCGCUCGAAGACUUGCAACUACUAAACUGGGUUUUACCAACACUCCCAGUCCACUGCGAACGCCGUCUAGUUCUGCGUUGAAGACUCCAAGAUUACACUCAAGAAAAUCAAGACCAACUCCGUCACCUGCAGGGAUAGUGAGACGGAAAACUCCGGCGGUGGUGGCAAGCUCGAGUGGCGUCAGCGGAACCCGUGAAACACAAGAAUCUUCAGGUGCUUCGGUUACUUUGACCGAUAACCUGCUGGAUAUUCCUUCGACGGCGAAGCGACCGAAGGCAGCUGAUUUCUUUUAAGAGACUAUAAAGAAAAACCUUGAAUAUUUCCUACUU